UGUCGCGAUAGGGCGGGGGGGAGAGCGGGGAGCGGCCUGAGGGAGAGACCGGAAGCGGCUCCCCUGCCCGCCGCGGUGCUUGUCGGGAAACGGGCCUCCACGCAGCAGGUCCUGCUUCAGCCCUUCGCUCAAUUUACGGGAUUGAUUGAGCGCUCACUACGUGCACAGAGCUCGACUGAGCGCUUGGGACAGGUGUCCUCCAUCAAAUUUGUCUGGUCAGUAAAUGCAGAAAUGAAAAGAAAAGUGGCCAAAGUUGGGAGAUUGAGGCUUAGCCCCAAUGAAGAAGCCUCGCUCCUGAAGGAAGAUUAUGAAAGACGGAAAAAACUAAGAUUGUUGCAGGUCAGAGAACAGGAAAGGUGCAUCGCCUUUCAGAUAAGACAAGAAGUAAAGCAGAGGAGAAAUCAGCACUUGAAUCAGUUGGCGGCGGAACUGAAGGCAGAGUGGCAUGAAGCAAAAAAUCAAAAGAUUAAAGAUUUGGAAAAACUGUAUCUCGCAAGUUUGAAAGCCGUGGGAGAGGGACACCGCCAUGCGAAGGAAAAUGAGCCUGAUUUUGGUGCUGUGGCAAAGCAAGCAGCAGAAAGGCAGCAGAGAGCAGAGGAGAGACAUAAAGAAGCUUUGAAAGAACAGAAAAAGCGAAAAGAUAAACUCCUGAAAGAGCGAACGUGGCACGUAAGAGCACGUCAGAAAGCGUUGCGUGUGGAGAAAGAGAGAGCUGCAAAAAUAGCAAGUUUACCACCUCCUUCCCCUUAUCCUUUUGAGAAUAUUGAAUUGAAGAGAGUGCCUACAGCCAAGACCUACAACACAAAUAGCUUUUCAGUUACUCAUCAUCAUCUUCUCGAACCUUGCGUGGAUAGAGAAAUGGGUGUUGAACAGCCAGAUGCUCGCUUAGCUGCCGGGGAGGAAGCUAUACGAUUGGAAGAACUACAAAAAGAAGGAGCACAAGAGCAGAAGCAGAGAAUUGAAAAGGCCCGUCUCCGGGGAAUUCACGCAUUGAAAGCGGUCCAUUUGGCUCAAGACAGGGAGAAGCUAAUGAAAGAACUGGAACAGCUGCAGCAACAGGACCUGGCCCGCAGAAGACAGAUCGUGGCCCAGAUGCCCCCCCAACUGUUUGAACCUCCCCACAGGCGGGUUGAAUUGAAAGAGGACUGGCAGAGAGAGCUGGAAUUUGCCUUUGAAGACAUGUACAACGCAGACAGGAAGGUGAAAGGAGACCUGAUUUUGCACCUCGAGCCCGAGCCUUUGCCAGCCUUUUUGGAACAAAACCAAGAUGAAGAACUGGAUCUGUCAUUGGAGCCGGACCAGAUGAGUGAGCCCGUGGACCCAGGAACCGACGUCCGAGGAGGAAACAACACAUUCCAGGGAAGGCGAAGACAAAGGAGACCCAGCCAGCCCGCUCUAAGGUGGUGUUAAAAAAAUUACUGAACAAGAUCCGAAG